ACGCCUGUAUUUAUCAGCAAUAUACAAUUAUAAAGGCCUGAAAUAAAAAAAAAAAGAGGGAGAAAGAGAGAGCGAAAUCUCCCUCCCCCUCCAACAUCACCCCAUCUGUAAACUGGGGGGGAAGGGGGGGUUCCUUCCGAUCCUCCCUUCCUGACACCCCCCUCCCCAGCAAGCCCCCUCCCCCACCCUGAGGCUGGGACCAUUGAAAGCCAUGAAUUUUGAAUUUGAGAGGGAGAUUGGGUUUAUAAACAGCCAGCCAUCGCUCGCCGAGUGCCUGACUUCCUUCCCCGCUGUCUUGGAGACAUUUCAAACUUCAUCAAUCAAGGAGUCGACAUUAAUUCCUCCUCCUCCUCCUUUCGAGCAAACCAUCCCCAGCCUCCAGCCGGGCGCCUCCACCCUUCAGAGACCCCGGAGCCAAAAGCGAACAGAGGAUGGGCCGGCUCUGCCGCCGCCUCCGCCACAGCAGCCUCUCCUCGCAGCUCCCCUGGCCCCCGAAUUCCCCUGGAUGAAAGAGAAGAAAUCGACCAAGAAACCCAGCCAAUCGGCCUCAUCCCCUGCCCCAGCUUCUUCCACGGUGCCGGCCUCUGGAGCUGCAUCACCGGCAGAUACCCCUGGACUUCAGGACGGGGGCUGCAGCGGGGCCCGGAGACUGCGCACAGCCUACACAAAUACACAACUGCUGGAGCUGGAGAAGGAAUUCCAUUUUAACAAAUACCUGUGCCGGCCCCGCCGGGUGGAAAUCGCGGCGCUGCUAGACUUGACAGAGAGGCAGGUCAAAGUAUGGUUCCAGAACCGGCGAAUGAAACACAAACGACAGAACCAGCAUAAGGAACCUCUGGAUGGUGAAGCCGCUUACCCUGGGGCUCUGGAGGAGGGUAGCGACCCAGCGGAGGAGCCAGAGGACAGCCCGGUCCUGGGUCAAGCUCUGGACGCACCGUUGCCGUCCCUAGGGGAUAAAGAGGCUCGUUCUCUCCCCACCAAGCCCAUCUUAGGUCAGCUAGGACCUCGGCUGCUGUCUGCCCCAUCAGAGAAUUCGAACGCUGAGAGUCCUCAGUACUCCGAGGACAGGCCAGGGGCGAUGGAACCCGAGACUCUCCUGGACGACUCAUUUCCCGAAGGGCAAGAUUCUCCCUUCUUGCCGGAUCUCAACUUCUUUGCUUCAGAUUCCUGCCUCCCGCUCUCAGGGGGGCUUUCUCCUAGCCUGCAGGGCUCCCUGGACAGUCCAGUACGAUUCUCUGAGGAAGAUCUGGAUUUCUUCACCAGCACGCUUCGAACCAUCGACUUAGAACACUUACAAUUCCAAUAACACCCCUCCCCCAAACACACACACCCCACCACUUCCUCCCCGUUUCUGACCUCUUCACUUCGUAUCAGGGAGUACUCUUUCUAGGUUAGAGGACUCCUUUCCCCUUUCUUCGCCUUUCCUCAUUCCCAUAGAAUCCUUUAUAAGUUUUACUAAAAAUUCAGGUAUUAUCGAAAUUAGAGUCUUAUCCAUUUUCCUCUCAUCUCUCUCUCUCUCUCUCUCUCUCUCUCUCUCUCUCUCUCUCUCUCUCAUUUAUUAGACACUUAGACUUCUCCUUAUAAAAACCCACAGAAAUCCUUUUGGUAAACUUCCAAUGAAAUCUCAGGAAUAAUAAACUCUUGGGGGGGGGUUUCUUAAGAAGAAACAGAGGGACCUAUUUUCCUCUUUUUUAAGUUUUAGACAGUAGACUAUUUAUUAAAAUUCUUUAAUAGGAAAAGGGGAAAGUAUUUAUUGUAUAUUAUUUUCAUAGAUUAAAUAAAUGUCUUUAUUAUACGAAAACAAGUGAGCGUUUG